AUGUUGGAUUUCACAGAGUGGAAGCCUAAUAAGUUUCAAGCAUUGCGAGAGCAAAUUGAAAGUGUCUCGUGCUCCGCGUCAGAAUCUGGUUUAAAAGAUUUAGAUAAAAGUUUACAAGAAAACAAGGCAUGGUUCGUCAAUUUACUCGAUAUCCCACCUCAAGAUCUUACUCAUAAACAACGAUUAGAACAACAAUAUCACAAGCUCUCGCGAUCUUUUGUUAUUGAGGCACUUUCAAUAUCGGAUUUUUUAAAGACAGAUGAAUUUUUUGCAGCAACUCUUCUCCACCAUGGGACAAAACAACGUGCCAAAUUUAAUCGGCCAUCGGCCGAAACUGCAAUUUUACUAUUUCUUAAAGAACGCGGUGAUCUGUUGGCAUGUUUAUCAACACUCAUAGGAAGUGCUUAUAAUCCUGAUACAAAGUUACAUGUGAGAAAGUCAUUCGCUGACUAUAUCAAUAGUUUGUUUAAUGCUGUAUCGUCUAAAGAUGGUUCAUUUGCACGCAAAAUAAUGACAACAAUUCAGAAGUUAAAAACAGAGAUAACAGAGCUUGAUGGCCGUUCAAAACAAUUGAAUAGACAGCCUCAAACUCUGAUUAGCGCAGAACAAAAUCUACUUCUUCAACAAGAUUACACGUUGGUCAAUAUUAAUAUUGACAUGAUCUUAGUCAGAAUCAAGCAAUCAAAGGUACAUCAAAGAUAUCUUGCACAUAAUCUAUGGUUGAUUUCUUAUAAUUACCUUUUGGACGCAGUGGAUAUAAUAGAGUUGACAACAAUUUUGCGAAAUACUGAAAUAGAUGAUGUUGUUUGCCCGUAUUUUAUUAUUUCGUUACUUUCUGCUCUUGAUACGUCACCAGAACAUAUAUCAGCUGAUAUACCUGCGAGACACAUGCAUGAUCAAUUAAUUCGUAACAAAGACUUUAUCAAUAAAUUUACAAACAUUCUCGAAAAAGAACGGUGGAAAAUUGAAGCUGCCAGAGCAACUACUAUGAUUCAAUGGUGUCCAUUUAUUUUAGAUGCGAUAUAUAAAUCACCUACGUUAGAGGCGCAAUUGACUAUCAAACAAGAACAUUUAGGGGAAAUGUUUCAACGUGCAGUUGCCAAAGACGCUUUCCAAUUUAUACUUCAUUAUCUGUUGUCUUUUCAAAAUACAGAGAUGGAAUCUAUGUGUGUCGAAAUAAUGCCAAGCGCAACAACAUUAUGUGAAUCACUUAGUCCAGAGGACGUUGAAUUUCCACCUCCAGGUAUGGUGCCAGAAACUUUCAUUAUCAUAUCGGAAGACUUUGAAUUAUAUAUUCGGAAACAACUUGAGCUGUUUGUUAUAUCAAUUGUGACCAAGAUGGGAAAUAAUCUACAAAGGAUCAGAAGACAGGAGGAAGAUGCUAUUCAAUCAGCAGAUGCGGAACAGUUAACUCGUUCGGCUAUAAAAAAAUCUGCUGUAGUACGCCAUGACACCGAGACUUUUUUCUUCCUGAUUGCAAAUAUAUAUCGCAAUCAUCCUGAUGAAGGCUUCAGAUUUUGGAUGGAUAUGAAAGAACAAAUUAUUGAUUGGGGUUCCAGUGUUUCUGAAAAAGGAAUGAGACGUGGCUAUUUGGAGAUGCUUUGCUCCUUGGCAACUGGUCCUUAUUGUAGUGGUUAUGCCGACGAAUUUCUUUCACGUAGUUCCGAGCAAAGUAAAGGUUGGUGUUCAUGGCGUACUUUAAUUAGUACCAUCGAUAUUUAUACACGCGACGAGAAUGAUGAAAGACAAAUAGUAAAAGAUGAAGUUAUGCUUUUAAUUUCAUUCAUUCGUGUUUUUCGCCAAGUUAUUCGAUAUUCAAUACAAGCCAGAUUAAGAUUUCUCCAAGAUAAUGUUUUGAGACUACUUUUUCGCUUAAUGUGUCGAAAUGUUCACACUGAAUUAAAAGCAGAGCUUCUUUAUGCAGUUUCAUCUUUCUGCGUAUCAGAUUACGCUGAUCAUAAUUAUAUCACAAGACAAGUUUGGGAUCUCUUGGAAGAUGCGCAAAUUGUGCCUACUGUACCAAAAGAUAUUGUAUUCGACCCGGCUAGCGUUUGGGAAGUCGCGAAUAUGCAAGCACAAGAUCCACCGAGCAUAAAAAAGGAGAUUGAGGAAACAGAAUCUCGCGAGAAAUUAUUUUUCGUAACUUUAGCCUUUGUGCGGUUCAUUGGAGUAUUGAUCCACGUUCCUCAUUUUAAUGCCGCAUUACGUUGUGGAUUUCCUGUUCGUUCUAUGUCUAUUAAUGAUCUUCUUGGUUCAGGUUAUCGGCAACCUGGUAUUUCACCAUACAUCAAUUUUAUUUUAGAUGAUAUUUUUAUUAAAGCACUUGCACGUGAUUAUAAGUUUCCUACACAACAAUGGAAUAUAAUAGCUUCUUCCUUGGAGGUUAUUGAAAAAUGUUUGAUUUCUUUUGACUUGACUGGACCAUUAUUUUAUGAAGAUCAAUCCAAACAUUCACCAGAAUCAUUGCCAUUUAUUCAGAGAGGUAUUAGCAAAGAUGAAAUCGUUACUUUAAACAACAAUGCGAUUAAAUAUUUAAAGAAUCAUCCGGGAUUUGACAUAAUGAAAAGAUUACUAAAUAAUUCUCCUCUUGUGGAAGUGAUGUUUAAUAUCCUUAAUCAGGAUAUAGAAGCACUUGAUGAAGUCGAUGAAGUUAACAGGAAAUCAUCCGUACCGUUCAUUAAGGAGUCUAUUUUACGUUGUUUGAGAAUAUUUUGGAUAGCAUUUGAAAAACAAGAACGAUUUUUAAAUAAGUUAAUUCCAUUAGUAAGUCAAACUUCUCCAGGAUAUCUAGAAAAUCUAGAAAAUGCAUUCCGUUCCAAACAAGAAAUUAUUGUACAAAUUGCAUUAUUAUUAAAUUGCGAAAACGCUGAGAUAUGUUUAUAUGCUGUCAAAAUUUUGUCUGCCCUUGCUAAGUCUGCAUUAUUUAAUCCAAUAGGUGUAGAAAAUAGAUUGGCAGCUAUCUUAGAUUCUGAUCAGAAUUCAGAGGCAAUUCUUGAUGUUUUUGUCAUGAGAUUAGAUAUAAAUGGUGGUGAUGAUGUUUGGGAUAAAAAAUACCGGCUUGAAGAUUUUGAGUUAACACAACUCGGACUUCAGGCUUGGGCCAUACCUGGAGAUGAAGAAUUUAGUGCAUUGCCAUUAAUCGAUGAAUCAGAAAUAACAUUUGGUACAGUGAGAUGCGCCAUUUUAAAUUUAAUAUUGGAGAACUUAAAACCUGAUAAAACACCACCUACAAUAUCACAUUUCCUAUUGGGCUACAAUCUUCGUGGAUCAUUACAAUCACCAAUAAUCAAAUAUAUAAAUCAAGAUUGCCUUAGAGAAUCUUGUUUACAUAAAAUAUUGGAAAUCCUUGGCCAACCGAUUCAUGAUGAUACUGAACCUGAUAAGCAGUGUUCUGUAUUGUCAGAGUUUCCCGCGUUGGCAGCUUGCUGUUAUCAGAUUAUUUACAGACUUUGUAGGGAUAACAAUACUUCUGAACCAACAAUGUUGUUUCUACGUAGUCAAGGGUUUGUGCAAAAGCAAUUUGGGGCGAUGCCUCUAUAUAUUAUCCAACCAAGUCAAUCCAUUUCUUGGGAUUCUGGUGCAAUCACAAAUUAUAACGGUCAGUCAAUUCCUAUUGAUUUAAUUAAUCUUUGUGCAAACCUUAGUGAGAGGACAUGGUUGAUGAAAAUAUUGGCUUUGGAACUACGUAAAUGCCAAACACUUUCUGGUAUUGAACAAUUGUUAGCUUUGAUACUUGGGGCCAGUAUAAUAAAACCGCAAGGUGAAGGCACAGCAGAUGAGGAAAUUUUGGCACCUUCUGCGAUCAAAACUCGUGAAAUUUUGCAUAUGCUGGAAUUGGAUUGGAACGAUCCAUGGAAAAUAGACGCACCGGAGAAUUUCUUUAAUAUAGUCAACCAUAAAGCUUGCUUAAUUCUUAAUGAACGAGGGAAUAAAAGAUAUAGACUACAAGAUAUUUUUUCUGAAUUAAAUCAGGCAUUUGAUCAGUCACGCAUUGCUCAGGAUGAAGUAAUUGAAGUAACUAUUGUAGACCAUUAUACUCGCUUACGACUUCAUGUACGUGAGACUACUUUUCUCGAGAUCAUUUCCACAUUAUUAACUACAUUGCAGCGCGAGGGAAACGCAAUUGCUAUUGUUCUCAGAAUCCCGCCUGAAGUACGCAAUAAUUUGUAUGCCACAAUAUAUAAUUAUUUGAAUUAUAUCGAUGUUCAAUCAGCUAUUGGUGCUGGAAAACUCCUUAAAGGUGUUGGUGAUAGAUUACUCGAUAUUAUUUAUGAAGACGCGUCAAAUGGACAUGUAGUUGGAAAGCUGUGUGCUUUAAAUGCCCUGACUGCUAUUUACAGAUUAUUCAAACAAGAAAAAGGAAACUUCAUUAUUAAAUCUAUCCAGUCUAAUUUUAUUGGAAGCCUCAUUACGAGUUUAACAAAUCAAAACGAUUUACUAUUGCAGGCAAAAGAACAACAACCAGACUUAAAUGCAAUGCAUGCAAUAUACGUAUUUGAAGCCAGAAUGGGGCUUUUACUGUGUCUUGCUCAACGUCACGACCUUUCCUCAGAAUUACUGAAGAAAGGUGUUAUUGAAUAUUUGGGUGAAUUGACUUUCUUAAAUGAACGACCAAGUUUUAAUAGUCAUAAUACAGGUAAUAUCAAAACUGAAGCCAACUUGAGAUCAGAUGGACCAUUAUCCGAAAUUUUUACUGAUAUUCCACCUUUUGAUUAUUUAAACAUUCAAAACUCGGAGAGGCGUGCAAUAUUUGUUAUGGCCGUUGAAGUAUUACAAGAAAUAACGCGUUUAUUCUAUAUUUUGGGUGACAAAAUAAAAGAUAUCGAUAAACAACGCAUUGAGAAUAUUAAUGAAAACCUUUUAGGGUGGUGUCAAAAAAUGACUGUCCCUUACAAAAAAGAUCAAAAGUUUGAGCCAAUAUUUACUGAAUUUCUCGAUGCUGCUAAAAGACCAGACGAUGAUUACCAUGGUGAUAUAAAACUUUCUAUUCUCGUUAACUACCUUCGGGAUUCGAUUGAGAAUCUCGAUAAGCAUUUACAGAAUCUUGAUAGAUUAACAUCUCAACUUGAAAAGGGUGAAGAUGCUGCAUUAGGUUUUAAAACAGAGGGUAUUUCUUCGAUUUCUAGUGAUUUUGUUGGAUUGAAUGAUUCUCAACGCAAGGCAUUAGCUUACCGAACUGUUCAGGAAGAACAUAACACGGCAACAAAACGUGUAUCACAAUGUCUAUAUGACCUUGAAGUCUCUUUACCAUUAUUGUGGCGCCAUCUUAAUUAUUAUAUGAGUCCUAAAAUGCCACAAAUAUCACAGGAAAACUUGCGAAAAAACGCAUCAGUCGUUCUAAAAGAUAUCUUAAUUAAAUUGGAAUAUUUAGAAAAACAACCGGGAACUUCUCGAACGAUUUGGAGCACGGGAUAA